AUCUUCGCGGGCUUUAGAAUAUAAACAUAUGCUGAGUUUCAUGGUUGUUUGGGUUAAUAUUCAGAUUGUGAACCAGAGUAUCUCCAGAGCAGAUAUGCAGCCAAUUUGGCUGACUCUGAUUCAUGGGCAAUAACUUCUUCUAAGAGAGAGGGGCAGAGAGCAAGGGGCAGUGAUCUGCAUACAGCAUGAAUUGCCAGACCUGCCUCAGAAAUCUGAGUCCCUAGGCAAAUUACUCGAAGGUUGAAAAUUUUUUGGUUUUUUAAGGGAAAAAAAAUAGUGUUAUAUUUGCAUACCACAGAAUAUUUACUCUGAAGAUUAGAUUAAUUGAUGUCAUUUCUUGAUCUAACGAAGUACUUUGGGAAAAGAACCUGGAGGAGAAUAACAGUAAGCAAAAGUCGAAGAGAUCUGUUCAGUGCGCAGGACAUAAGUCUUAAUCCUUUUAUUUCUUGUUAUGAUUGAUUCAUGACUGCAAGGCAGUUUUGUUCAUGAAGAAUUGAUACUGGUAUCAUCACACCAAAAUGUCGCUGCCAGUAUCCAGGGGAAAGAUGGAAAAAAAAGCUGACUAAUCUUACCCUUUUGUGUGAUACAAGAUCACAUGAGGACUUGAGUAUUUAUGCUAUCAUUGCUGUACCAGCAUAUUUUAGACUUUUUUUUUUUUUGUUCUUGAUAUGAAUUUCAGCAUUUUUUCCAGCCAUUAGAGAAAUAUGUGCAAAAAGUAUAGUCCUUUUAAAAUUAAAAGGAACUGUUUAAAAUAUGUUGCUUGCAAGCACUUGUGAUGGUUUAGGAAGAUGUAGAACAGCAAUGACAAUUAAGUGAAACAAAGGCAUCCAAAGUACCAAAGUGGUAAGGGUUUUCUUCCUCCCUUUACUGAAAUAUAUUGCAAUUCUCCUCAGUUAUCACCAGAUGGCCUUAAAAGUCUCCUUUUUUCUGAAGUAGGGAGCAGUGCAGAUAUGAGGAAGUGAUGUAUCCCUAUGCUGCAAUCAUUCCAGGAAACAGUUGAGUUACAGUUCCCAGCAAGGUUUAGUUUUCCUCCAAACUUUUGUGUACAGAGAUAGAGCGAGAGAUAGUAUUGACAAUCUUAAAUGUUAAGUGUGCCAACUUCCUUUUAGAUUGUAUUAUUUAACUCUCCUCUUUUUUUUAUUCCCUCACUUUUUUUUUUCCUAAGAACUUGGAUUGCUAAGAAUCAUGAUGAAGAGCCUUUUUUUGCCUCUUUUACUUGUCUCUGUUCUGUUUAUGAACAGCUUCUCAGAAGUGCAGGGAAGGAAAUGGAAAGGUGAAGGUACAACUCAAAACCUGGAAAGUAUUGCCAUUGGAAGAUGCUAUGAUUAUAUUAGAACUGUGAAUCCUGCUGUUGGUGAGAAGAAUUGUUCAGAGAUAUGGGAAGCAUUUAAAAGUGCAUUUAUUAACAAGGAUCCUUGCAGCAUUCUACCUGAGGACUAUGAAUUAUUUAUCAACCUGUCAUUGCACACAAUUCCCCCUAAUAAGUCUCUCUUCUGGGAAAAUAAUCAGCUACUAGUCAAUAGCUUUGCUGACAGAGGACGUCGCUUCAUGUCUGUGGGUGAUACCCUCUUUGGCUUCUUUGGAGAUUUCCUAAACUGGUGUGGGCAGGCAAACAGCUCUGGACUGGACUACGAAUCCUGCCCUACUAUGAUGGAAUGUGAAAACAAUGCAGUGGAUUCUUUCUGGAGGAUGGCCUCAAUCACUUAUGCGAAGCACAGUUCAGGGGAGAUACAUGUCUUGUUGAAUGGUUCUGCAGUUGGAGGAGCUUAUCCACAGCCAAGUUUUUUUGCAGAUUAUGAAAUACCUAAUCUCCAGAAAGACAAAAUCUCACAAAUUGUUAUUUGGGUUGUGGAUGAUAUUGAAGGACCAGAUCUAGAUUCCUGUGGAAUCCACAGUGUAAAGACAUUAGAAACCAGGCUGAAAACCCUUGGUUAUAAAGUCACUUGCACUGACAAUUACAAGUCUGUAGUGUUCUUACUCUGCUUGGAUUAUCCUGAUAAUUCUAAGUGUGCCCUUCUAUCCUAAGGGAUGAGCAUACCAGUUCUGCAGUAUUACCACAUCGUGCUUGUAGUAUGUCAGCAGGGGAGCAGCCACCCCUUCCCUUCCAUCCAUGCCGAUAUUUAAAGUAACAUAAUAACUGGCAUUUUCUAAGCACCAAUUAACCAACGAUGUGAUCCUUCAGAAACGUUUCCUUGCUUGCUUCCUUCCUGAACAUUCUAUGCCCUCCUGUAUGCAUGGCACUGUAAUAAGUUUGAUUUACUUCAUAUCUGUGCUAUCCCAAAUCAAGACAGAGCUUCCCAAUCAGAAUGCUAAAGUAUCAUUGCCUCUCCCUGAAAUUUAAGUAACUAAAGUGCUUCAAGCCAAUGAAUACUUACACUCUUCCCCAAAUCACUUACUUCUCUGCAAUAAAUAACAUCUUCAUUGAAAUUAACUGCCCUUUCACAAAGAGUCUUAAGCAAAUGCAUAGAAAUUAUUUGAUGACUAUCUUUUUAUGUAUGUUUUUUCUGUGGAUGGAUCCCCACUCUCUGAUGGUUCAUUAACUGACAUGGGAGCAGUCUGGACAGUAGGGGUAUCAGCAUGUAUCUGUUAGGAAAAUGUUUCCUUUUGCAGAGUAUGUGCACUCAGUGUACACUGUGUUCAUGCUUCCAUAAUAAACUGAGAAACAGGCAUGCAGGCUCUGCUGCAUCCCCUUUCAUGAGAGGUGUUUGCUGUUACAAGGCUAAUAGCUGCCUUGUUAGCCUGCAGAGAAUAAUGUCCCAAGCCCAAAACUACCAGAGCUGGGCAAGUAAUUUUUUAUGUCACCAUAACUCCUGUUAACGGGGGCAUAGCAAAGGAGAGGGAUGGGUCAGGGUAGCAGAGGGUUGACCUAGAAGGUGCUUUAAGGUAUUUGGGGCUUCUUGGGUAUUGGUAGUGCCCGUAACUCCUUUCCAGAACUGAAUUAUGUUUCUGCUGAGUUAAGUUUGGACUUUGGCUUGUUUAGUUUACACUCUGACUUUUGAAGAAAACUUGUAAGUAAACACUAACCACUAGAUGGCAUAGACGGCUUAUAAACAUAAGCAGGAAGGAAGCCAGAUGCGACCUAUUAGUAGUGGUAUUUAUUACUUGCAUUAUUGCAAUGUCAGAGAGACUUAGAAAUGGAUCUGGAUACUGCUGUAUCAAGUGCUGUGAAAAAACAGUCCUACAGGACCACUGCUGCCUAGAAGGGCUCUAUAAAAUCACAAGCAUAAGGCCAGAGACAGUAAAAAAAGGGGGAGAGAUAAGAAGGCUCAGGUGUAAAGGUAGAAAGGACUGUUCCCAAGAUAUUCCAAAGAUACUUCGUUUAUAAAAUCAUGACAGCCAUAGGGAAUCUGUUGGCAAGCUCACGUAAAGAAACUUCUAGCUUAGCACUUGGACCGUGAACUUCAUCCUUGGCAACAAACCCCUGAUAUUUAAAAGAAUCCUAACUCAGCUCUGUGCUGUGAACAUCCUGUUUGUUUUCUCUUCUUCAGAUCUGCACCAGCAGCACAAAGAGGACCUAUAUCUUCAGACAGAGGAGGCAGCUGGAACAAGCUUAUGUUUGUUUCUUUUGUAGGCUUUUUGUUCAGAUUUGCUUUAGUGUACUAAGUUAAUCAAAUGAAUCCAUAUCCUCUGUUUGCCUUGCUGGCUAUAAAUUUGCCUUCAGCUAAUUUCUAACUGCAGUUUCAUCCUGCAUCUGGGACUGGCAAACCUGCAUAUUAAAACCUUGCAUACUAGAUACCAACUUCUUUUAGUAUCAAAAAUUAACCUGCGGAUGCUAGAAAGCCUCACCCUUUAUUUCCUUCUCUUGAUUAGAAGAAAUAUAUUGCUAUUUCCUCUUAUCUUUAUUCUCCAGAAUUAAACAAGAAUAAUACGUUCUGUUCACAUAUUUCAUAAAGAAAAGGGAAACUAUGCCUGUUGUACAUCACCCACACCGACAACUUGUUUAUAAAAACAUCCUAGCAUCUGGCCUUGAAAACUUAAGUGACUGACUAUCAUGUUUUGGGAAACGGUAAUAUGAAUUCAGAUAGGAGAGAUCUUAGAUUUCUCACUUGACAGAAGAUACAAUAGGUAACACAGUGAAAAAUGAAACUAAUUUUCAUAAGUGGUCCAGCACUUGGGCCAAACUUACCUGAAACUAUCGUACAACAAGAUUCUGGCUUGCAUACUUGCAUACAGUGUUUUACCCCAUGAUAUUGAUUGCUUUGUCAUCCACACAGCUGUUCCUGGCCACUGGGUAGCAGAUAGUCAGAAAUACCAGCUCUAGAAAGUUCCACAUUUUUUCCACCAUGAUGUGAUUUAUGGUAUAUCAUAUUCAGACAAGAACGUGCCAAGUCAGACAUUGGCCUGCUUGCAGUGAACUCAGUUAGCAUGCUUCAGAAUAUACUGAGGAGAGAGCAGAUGCCAUCCUGAAGGUUUCUUGAGUUACUUUCGUGAAUUAUCUUAGUGUUCCAGAUAGAUACGCUUCUAAACCACCAGCUAAACAUCCAGCUACCAAGAUGACACAUAAGUCUUCAGAAAAAAAAUAUUUGUUCUGCUAGAAAAUAAUUUUAUGUAGAAUUUUGUUGCACAUUCUGUGCUGGCUUCUGUAUUAUUUAUUUGUGUUUAUAUUAGGUGGUUGCCAGGAAACUGGGAUAGGAUAUUCCUGUUAUCUGAGUGAAUCUGAUUUAGGACUCCGUAGUAGUAUCAUUUACAUCCUUUCACUCCCUGUUACAUCCUAUCAUCCCUGAUACAAGUAUAUCAUGUUGUAUCUAAAAUAUGUUGUUGUUGCUUAUUUGUCUUGCGUCCAUUCUUGCAAUAAUCUUUAAUUUGGUUUUAAUGCAAAUCUCUUUUUGUUACACACGUAGUUGGGUUUGCCUGUGUCACAGCUGGGUUUAGUCUCCAGCUUGAAGGAUUUUUGUGUCUGUUUCAAACACAAAAAGUACUGAAAUCAGAAGUUACAGACCUUUGAAAAUCUGAGCUGCAGUGUGCCUCAAAAUUGUUCCCUGUCUAUGCUGUAACAUUAGUCUUUUGAUUAGUUCUUUCAACAUCCUCUUCACUUUUAUUGCUUGUUUGUUGCUGUCCUUAACAGCAGCUGCCAAAAUAAUAAGAGAGGUAUCUGUUUGUAAUGCAGUCACAUCUCAGAUAACUAAACACAAGCAAUUUCAAUCAAUCUUCUAUUUGCCCACAGCAGGUCACAUCAUGACACAUUUUGAGCCACGGACUAUAGAGAUGAUGCAUAUGAGGCUCACAGUUAGGUGUCUAAGCCAUCAUCAGGGCUAGUGUUGGCCUACCUAUUGACCUGGACAUGAUAGUGUGUGUGGGAUUCAGAGAACCGCUUAAAGCCAUUAACCAGCCAUGUGCCUCUUAGGCAACUUCCAUCCACAUGCCAAGCAUCCCAGCUGGCCAACUUUUGCUUUCCAGCUUAUGAAAGCUUUUUACCCUCCACUGCAAUCCACUCCAGCAGCACAGUCAGUUCUGGCCAUUACAUGUGGUACCAAAUACACUGUAAGAAGUGCUAUUUAAUUCUGUUAAAAAAAAAAUUAAAAUACAAAGUAGGAUAGCUAUGAUCAAACAACCGAGGUUAUUUACUGCAUAACCUUGUAUCAAGAACAACACACUCAGUAUUUCUUGCAGUUUUUUCUCCUUUCUAAUGUUCUUGCCUCUUUUCCUAUUACUUCAACUUGGUAGCAAAGACAGCAGUUUUUUUUCUCCUGUUCAGUAAUACGUCUCAAAGUUGCAGGAAAAAAUUGGGAAGAUCUGUAAAGGUUUUUAGCUAACCAACUAAUAUAGAUGGGAGAAGGGGAAAAAAUGAAGUUCUAGAUGCAUAGGUUUCCUGAGAUCUUAGAGGCAGCACAUUUCAAGCUGAAUGUGAAUCGGUUUUUCUGCAUUUAAUAUAAUGUUUUUAAUCUGUGUGAAAGAACAGUGUGGCUGGCAUCUCAGAAGCAGAGAAGCAGAAGUGUCAGCAAAGCAAGAAACAAUAAGGUCAUUUGUUGCUCCCAGAGAGAGGGAGAGACAGGAACAAGUCUUUUUUAUUUCUACAUCUACAAAGGAUGUGAAUAGUACUGUUUACACAUAUAUGUUACACUUAAGUGGUGACAAUCAGGUAGGUGUGCCUGUGCUGUGUCUUGCACACCCAGUAAAUGCUCUGAUUAGCAAUGUCUCAUGCAACAACUGUGUCAAAUUUGGAGAAAUCAUACCGUCCAAAAGGCACCUGCCCUUCUCUGUAAACUCAAGCAAGCUUGGUAGCAUUCACCAGGGUGCUUCAUAUUGUUUCAAUCAUUCAUACUUGUACUAGACGUACUGCAAAAACAGCAGUUCCCAGACCUGAAUUUGAGGGAGAAAAUGUUUCAGAUGAAAACAAUAUCUGUAUCACUUCAUUUUGAAUCUGAUUGGAUGCCACCUGUGUAGAUCUGCUAGUAUGCAACUAUUUAUGGCCAAUGAAAACAUCAUGUACAGGAGCAGUACAAGGUGCUCUGCAUUUCCGCAGACAGACCUGUGGAAGCUACUGAGAUUACAGUAGUAUUUCCUGCUGUGCCUUUUUGUGGAUCAUUUAAGAACUCAGUUAUGUUGUGUUCUUCAUUCCUAUAUAAUAUAAUAUAUAGUCAGUCCUCCUACUAAUUUACUUUUUUUUUCUGCUACAUGUGUUUCAGUCACUGUAUCUGACAAAAGCUGAGCUCAAAGUAAUUCCUUUCUACAGUAUGUAUGUGCAUGCAUAUGUAUACAUCUGCUCAUACCUGCUCUGUCUAUUUUUAAAUGCAAACUCUUGAGCAUUCUGGAGUAAGAAGUUAUGAAAAUAAAGGAAGGACAACUUGAUCA